AUGGCUAUAGCAGACGUCAAGCUUUCUUCUCUACGUCAACGCAAGGGCAAGUCCUUGUCAGCUGUAAAUACUCGUAACGUAGCAAAUGAAAUCAUAAGCAAAUCUCCACGAAGCCUUCAUCGCUCAAGUCCAAGUCCGAGCUGGACUUACAAUACAUUUCGUGCUACACACGGCAACGAGAUCGAGGGACUAUUGUUGUUUCCAGAACAACCACGUCAAAUCUUCGUGCUGCUUCUGGUUGUAUUAGCAUUUUCAUACUAUUCAUUCACUCACGAAUCACAGGACACCAUCCAGAACACAAGAGAUGGUCUUAUGAUGCGACCCCAUCCAGGUUUGUGGCGAGUAGUGCAUGGAUGUUCAGUCGUAUAUUUGCUGCUGUUAGCAGCUAUGCUUGUGCAGAAUCGAGAAAGUGCAAUUAAAGGCAUGCAGUAUGUAUUUCCUGAUGUUGGAAGUCGACCCAAGAUGACGAUUUCUGCACAAUUGCAGUGCAAAAUUAAUGCGGAGUCAUUAACACGUGGAAUGACAAGCAUUUGGUUCUGUGCACAUGUAACGGGCUGGUGGGGGAAAAUGUGCAUGUUUCGCGAUUGGCGAUUUUGUUGGAUGAUCAGCAUUGCCUUUGAAUUCCUCGAGCUUGCACUUCAGUUCGUUAUACCAGAUUUUCAAGAGUGUUGGUGGGAUUCGCUUAUGUUGGACUUAUUGGGUGCCAAUAUGCUCGGCAUGUGUCUUGGUCGUAUAACGCUAUGGUUACUUGAGUCAAAAGAGUACGAUUGGUCGGGACGUCGAGGGAAGAAAAUGGGCUACUUUCGCUUAGCUUUGAACCAGUUUACACCCUUGAGGUGGGAACAAUAUCAUUGGGAGGUAUUUUCGAGUUUUAGUCGAUUCGCAGAAAUAGUUUUCGCGUUUGCCAUGUGUCUGUUGAUGGAGAUGAAUGCGUUCUUUUUGCUCACAACAUUGAGUAUUCCAAAGGAGAGCAACUUCAAUUCCUAUCGCUUGUUACUCGUAUUUUUGCUUGGAAUUCCUGCAGCUGCUGAGUAUUACGAAUUUAUUACAAACCCGGAAUGCUGGCGUCUUGGACAGAACGCAUGGAUGAUAUUAUCGAUUGCAACAUUUGAGGUUCUGGUGUGGGUGAAAUUUUCAGCUAACGGCGUCCUAUUUACAAAGGCACCACCGUCUUUGGUUCUGUAUCCGAUUCUGGCCUUUAUGGUCAUGUUUUCAAUCUGGAUGCUGCUGUUCUUUUGUCAGAAGCAGCGCCAACCAACUUCACGACGGUCUUUUACUUUGAUUUCACGUUGGGAUUAUCUUGACGUACUAUUUUGGGCCUCGUUUGUCCCGCUGACCUUCUUGGCGUCUCAAUGGGCUUAUUGA